UCCCCACGCACAGAUCUGAGCUCUAUUCUCCUUUCUUCCUUCCUCCACGCUAGCGAAUUCUACUUAUCUUGGUGUGAUUUUUUGGCUUGACAGAAAGCUACUGCUACAGCAGCAUUGUGUCGGGAAUUCCUCGCCGACACCGCUGGAGCAUUGACAGAUCAAUCGAGGUAUACAUAUUUUCGAUUGGAUUUAAAUUUCGUUGAUAAUGAAGGUGAUUGAGAAGAUCCAGAAGGCCGCCAAGGACGAAAACAAGGUUGUUUUCUCCUUCGAAUUCUUCCCACCCAAGACAGAAGAUGGCGUCGACAACCUGUUCGAAAGAAUGGAGAGGAUGGUCGUCCAUAACCCGAAUUUCUGUGAUAUCACGUGGGGUGCAGGCGGAUCCAGCGAUCUGACGCUGGAGAUCGCGAAUCGGAUGCAGAAUAUGGUCUGCGUCGAGACCAUGAUGCACUUGACGUGUACCAAUAUGCCUGUGGAGAAAAUUGAUCACGCUCUGGAUGCUAUAAAAUCCAACGUCCAGAAUGUCCUUGCUUUGCGGGGAGAUCCCCCUCAUGGCCAGGAUAAGUUCGUCCAAGUGGAAGGUGGCUUUGCCUGCGCUCUCGACCUGGUGAAACAUAUUCGUGCCAAAUAGGAUUAUUUUGGGAUCACUGUUGCUGGUUAUCCAGAGGCUCAUCCUGAUGUUAUACCUGCUAAUGGGAUUGCCUCGCUUGAGGCAUAUCAAAGCGACCUUGCCUAUCUGAAGAGAAAGGUUGAUGCUGGAGCUGAUCUUAUUAUAACUCAACUCUUCUAUGAUACUGAUUUCCUCAAAUUUGUUAAUGACUGUCGCCAAAUUGGCAUAACUUGCCCUAUUGUUCCUGGGAUUAUGCCCAUCAAUAAUUACAGGGGCUUCCUUCGUAUGACCGGCUUUUGCAAGACUAAGAUUCCUCCUGAGAUUACUGCUGCCUUAGAGCCUAUCAAGGACAAUGAAGAAGCUGUGAGAAACUACGGGAUUCACCUUGGAACUGAAAUGUGCAAGAGGAUUUUGGCUAGUGGAAUCAAGACAUUGCAUCUCUAUACAUUAAACAUGGAGAAGUCUGCAUUGGCUAUAUUGAUGAAUCUUGGUCUGAUUGAGGAAUCAAAGAUUUCAAGGACAUUGCUUGGAGACGUCCCACUAAUAUUUAUCGUGUUAGAAGAUGUUCGCCCUAUAUUUUGGUAUAUAAUACUGCAUCAGCCCAUUUUUGCACUCUCUCUCUCUCUCUCUCUGUCUUAG